CAGCUCGAACCUUCAGCUGAUUUAUUAUUAUUAUAUUAUAUUAUUUUGUAUAUAUAUAACUUAUAGUCACCUCUCGAUCAAUUAAACAUAAAAAAUCCAGAAGAAAGCAGAAUAUGGCAAUGAGAUCUGUCGUUUCAAGCAGUGGAGUACGUCGUUUAAUGGAAGGUGGUGGAAGAUCAUCGAUUUCCGGCCUUCGUUACUAUUCCGACAGCAAAGGUCGAAUUUUCAGUGAAGAAGAACGUGCUAAAGAGGCUGUUUACAUUCAGAAAAUGGAAAGGGAGAGGAUGGAGAAGGCGAGGAAGAAAGCUGAAAAGGAGAGAGCUGAGAGAGAGAAAGCUGAUAAGAAGGCUGAAGAAGAGGCUCAUAAGAGCUGAAGUGGGUUAUCUGCAGCCUUUCCCUUCAGGUCCUGUUAAUAGAAAUAAUGUCAGCUGACCGUGUCGUCUGUCAAGCUCCUCCUCGAGCUUGUCCUUGUACAGAAUAUGGUUUAAUUAUAAUAAUAUCACUUUUAGUAGUCUUUC